AUGCGUUGGAAGAGAAGACGCUCGCCUGCACAGGGGGGGAAGGAGGAUGAGGAAGAGGAGGAGGAGAAGCGUUCAGAAACAUCCUUCGCCAUGUCGUUCUUUAGAGCAGCCUCUGGUCUGGAGGCAGAGAGCGGGAAACGCGGCGGCGGCAGCAGCAGCAGCAGCGGUGGCGGCUACAGCAUCGGAGCCGGUGGGGGCGCGGCCCACUUCAGGUCUCCAUGGCAACAGAGCGUGAACGUGUUCGGAACAUGGAGCAGGCCGGAGUGUAUCGAGGAGCUGCACCAGCAAGCGCAGCUCAACCUCCAAAGCCUGCUGCAAGACUUUGAGGAGCAGCUCUAUGACUCUAAGCUGACUGGUCAGACGUUCCGACACCCCUCCUCCUCCCAGUCCUCUGACGACACCGCCACCUCCCUAAACCGAUCUCCCAUCUCCCUCACCUUCAAGCGACCAGACUUCAUCUUCCUGCCGGCGUCCAAACAACUCUACGAAGAUGAAACCACCUCCUCCGUGUUCGGGCUGAGGUCCGUGACCAACCCGUCUCCCUCCCUGUCCCCGUCCCCCUGCGGCUCAGAUCGACCCCCGUUGGCCUGGAGCAGCAACAACAGCAGCAGCAGCAGCACCGCCACCACCGCUGCGGGGCCGCCGGUCGCAGACAAACCCCGCUGCCUUCUGGGAAGACGCACACCGGCUCAUCACAUACCUCUAGACCUCACAGGUGAAGGAGGGAAAUUCCUGGGUGUCGACCUACUCCAGUGCUCCCCUUCCCCCUCCCCUUCUCCGGGGGACCCCUUCCCCCCACAGCCCCGCUCCCUGGAGCCCAUCACAGACACCCCGCACCAGCACCUUCCCCUGAGGAAGACUCACUCGGACCUCGACACAAGCUUACCUGCAGAGCCCAGCUUGGAGCGGCCUGCCCUGCUACAACUUCCUCCAGGAAGCAUGGAUCACUCUGGGCUGCUCUGUUCAAACACACCCUCCCCCUCGUGGAAUGGACCCAAGGGCUCCACCUUUUCUCCCGGUGCGUGGGGUGAUGCGUACUGUUACAGUGUGAACAAAGGCCCGGCGGUUCCACCCAAGCAGCACAGCAUUGUGGGUAACGCUGUUGUAGGCAGAGGGACGGUGGGAGGGGCAGGCUUGGCGAGUUCGAGGCAGUCGAUGAGCUCCGGGUCGCAUUCCAGUUCUUUCACGUCUGUUUCAGACCCGUCCGCGGGGAGAGGAGUCGUCCCCACAAUGAUGGUGGGGCGGCGAAGUGAAACGGAGGGGGCCCCGGCUGACCGAGAAGGAGGGGAAGGGGGGAGGGGGAGGGAGAGAUCGGCGCGUUCCAUUGCAGCGGCAAACGCCUUCAAGUUCCGGGAGCGAUCUCUGUCCACACCCACCGACACCGGCUCCUUCUGCUCCACAGACAACAUUGGCCAGCCAACUGGAAGCAAUGGCGCCCCUGCUGGGAAUGGGAAUAUGAUAACAACAUCAGAACAACAGCAGCACCACCACAACUUCCUGGGCUUAGCGGAGAACUAUGCCCUCCUCUACCCCAGCGGGAGCUCUGAGGACAGCACCAGUAAUGCUGACACGGUGUCUGUCACGGCAUCAGACUACAGCGGCGAAGGCCGCCUGCGACUCCGCUCCCGCUCCAUCUCACUCAAGAAGUCUAAACGCAAGCCACCGCCUCCUGUCCGGAGUGUCUCUCUCAUGAAGAACCUUGGGGAAGCCGAGGGGCACAUCCACCACCACGAUGGAGGCGGGGGCCUUUACCGGGAUGGACGUCCGAAAAGCUUGCACAUCCCGAGGGAUCACUACCCAGACUUCCAGCCGGAUUUCCUUUUAUCGGCAUCCUCCUGCUCCUCCAAGCCUGGUCUCAGUACUGGGGAAUCAGGUCAUGGAGGCAGUGACAGACCUCCCAGCUUGGAGGUCCAGGGACCAGAGAGAGAGGCAGAGACAGAAAUUACCUUCCCUGCUCAUUGGCAGCUGGGGGAGUGGAAGAGCAAUGACCCUUAUAGGUCUCUGUCUGGCUCCAGCACAGCGACAGGUACAACAGUAAUAGAGUGUAUGAAGGUGAGAGGGAGCUCAGAGUCACUGCUGGACUCUCCCUCUACAUCCAGAGCCACCUCUCCCUCACAACUCUCCAUGGAGACAGACACCAAGGCUUCCUCACCUUUCAAACCACCAGGACUCAUGUCCCCAUCAAGUGGCUACUCCAGCCAAUCGGAGACUCCCACACCAACCAUUCCAGCCAGUCAGGUGGCAUGUCCGGGACAGAUGGUUGGAACAGUAGGUACAUUGGGGUGUAAGAUGCGCCCCAAGAUUCCAGAGAGGAAAUCGUCACUGCCUUCACCCAAGGACCCCAUGGCAAGGUCACGGCUAUCUUUCGAGAUGCCCAUGAAUGCGCAUCCAGAGCUUUCUUCGCUCAAACCAAAGCAGAAGGCGAGCAGACGGCACUCAGACACAUCGACAGCUGCCAAACCCGGUAAAGUCAGUCCCAAUUCUUCCCAGGCAUUGCCUGUGGUCACCCAGAAUGAGCUCAAGACAGUGCGCCUGCGUUCCGUCUCCCGUGGAGAUCUGGUGGACUGUCCCGACGGGGCGUCCGACACCAUUGAGGAAGAGCAGCAUGGCCGGGAUUUAGUCGAGGACCCUAGCCCACCCCCUACUGCCCCAAAACCUAAACCACCUGUGGCAGUGAAGCCCCCCUUGCCCAAACGUCCCCUGAACCUUCUCCUCAAGUCCCCCUCCCCUUCUUCCACCUCCCCCAUUGGCCCUGAGUCACCUCCUUCCUCACCAGUGGAUCGGCCUGUGCCCCUGGGCAACAUCUACAAAGUCAUGAGGAAACCCAAACCCAAAAAGAAUCCUUCCCAGACCCUUACCAAUCCCUUAGUGCUCCAGGAUCCGGCUUCCAUUGCUGCCACCAACCCGCAAACUCCCCACGAUCUCCAGUUCCUCCCUCACUCCCAGUCCCUCUUCGAUCUGCCACCUCUUCCAGACCCCCAGCCUCUGCUGGAAGAUCCUGGGAUGGAACCUGAAUUCGACUUAGACACAGAACUCCAUCUUGGGCCUGAGGAUGGUGGCUCACUCCCUUCACCGUGCAGUAACCAGGAGGCACCAGAUCUUCAAGACAAGAGCAAGACACUGCCCUCCAGGAUGACCAUUUCCUGUCUGGCUGAGCUGUCGGACAAGAAAAAACCCAAGGUUCCGCCGCCAGUUCCCAAAAAGCCAAGCGUUCUGCUCCUUCCCUCAUCGAUCCACUCCUCCGCCAAUGGCAGUACUGACAGACAGACGCCGCAGACAGAAAGCCCUUUGAGUCUACGGUCUCCUGUGGGAGUAUACCUGCCAGGGGAAAUUCCCAGUUCUCCCAAUGCUGCCGGGUUUCCAGAGAGAGAGGAGAACCAUUUGGGAACAGAUGAGGAGAGUUCCAAGGAGUCAUCACUUCAGUCGUCCCUCCAGGAUUCCUCUCUCACGGAGCUGGAAGAGAAGCUGUUCAGCACUGGGAAUGAACAAGAUGACGCGGUAGAGGAGAGUCCCUCGGCGACCGGUGAGAGAACAGAGCUCCAUAUCGCCGAGGAAACGGAUGACGAUGUGUCGGCACACACGCCCACCACACACACUACGGAAGACCUGUUCACCAUCAUACACAGGUCAAAGCGGAAAGUUCUGGGUCGUAAAGAGCCAUCGGACUCCUUCGGCAGCCGCCAGAGCCUGGUGUCCCCGGUUAAGCACAGCGCCGGCGGUGGCGCCGACCACCGGGCUUUGACCUUGGGCAGCAGCCAGAGGUCGUCAAGCUCCCGCAACGAGAACUUCAUGGCCCUGCUCCAGAAGAAGGGCAGCAAGUCCUCCGGCAGCGGCGCCAGGGUGUCCGCCAUGGAGCUCCUCAAAAGCACAAACCCUUUGGCGCGCCGCGUGACCGAAUUCUCUUCAACAGCCGCAUCCACAGCGACAACCGCGGAAGGAGGGGCGGAUGCGGCAUCCGGAAACGGCAAACCCAACGACCAGUGAAUGAACGGAGCGCGAGCGGAAAAUGACCGGGCCUUUCCGUCUGUCUGUCGACGUAGCCACCGACCGUCCAACUAAUUCCUUUAUCUGCCACCUGUCCGGGACCGGGUCCUUCUGACUAAAUGUCCAAUCUGAUUGCUUCUACCAUUGAGCCGUCCACUUUUUAUUGGUGCACAAGUUCGGGGAAAAAAUGGCCCCCCCUGUGUCGUCUGUUGGAGCAGCAUAGUUGUCAAGAUGGCCAUAUACUACAUGUGAAACGGGAUUGUGUUCUACAUGUCGUGUACAAAGACACAUGUAGUGUUGUCGACGGACCUGCGUGUCUCUGCGUUCGAUGAAGGAACGAGUGGAUUUAAGACGGUGUUCAGGGCAGCGGGUGGCUUUGGACCACUAACCAUCCACACACACACACACACACACACACACACACACACACACAAGAUAUAACACAAUGACCAGGGAGUCUAAGAUGGUACACAAAAGGAAUCUGUUAGCCCCAUGAACCCA